AUGUAAGACCAGGCGAUUAAAAAUGCAAAAGGAAUGUAUUUGGCCAGGCAAGGCAUUUUAUUAAGGGGGUUACCUGUGACAUUUAUUGUCAAAAUAUUUUUCACCCUGCAGCAGUAUUUUGUAAAUAGAAAAUGAAACGCUUUCUCCAAAAUAGAACUGGUGUAUCUGUUCUCUCAGUGUGUACUUCAUUCAGUUAUGGCAUGUCAAUAAAAAAACAAACAAACAAAAAAAAUAAAAAAACGUACGGAAUUCAAGCGAAGCAGUUGGCCUGGUAACCAGCUUUGUUGAGAUCCUUUCACAAGAAGUCACUGACUGGUCAAGAACGCAUCUUUGCUGAAUAAUGUGAUGACAACGUUACUAUUUUAAAAUGACAUUAUUUUAAAACACAAUACAGUACAGUAGCCGACACAACACCCCUUUGACCUUCUUUUAAACUGCAAAUUCAGGGGCUGUGGCACGAAUCCAGAUAGCUCACUGAAAAAGGCUUCGAGUAAACUACAACGCGUAACAGCUAGCUUAAGGUUUUUUUUGUUUUUUGUUUCCAGGCAACAUCUGUCAACAAACGCUGCGGUAAACGAUUGUAGAAAAUUCAGCUUCAGUAUCAGGAAAAGGAAGGGGACAAUAAGAGGCUUGUGGCUGCAUAGUCAAACCAUCUUGAAAUUAGUAAGCAACUUUUAGGAAAGAAGAAUGAAGCCAGCAUGCACUUAAAACCGUGCAAAUAUUUUACCCUAGCGCAUUACCGAAAAACAGUAUUGAAAACAGCUAUGCUAAGCCUUCUUGAAUUCCACCACACACCUGAAAAUAACAGUUUUGUUUCGGGGGAGAAAGAUACGUUAAGAUUCAAGGAUAUAUUGGGGGGAAUGGCACACCUGAAAAUGGAACCAUAUUCUCAAAUUGUCAGUCUGCCUGCCGGUGACAAAAACCUUACUAAACUCCCAUCACUGGGGCUUAGAGGGCAGCACACAUCUAAGCCCCUGUCUAAACUUGAACUGAUGAAAAAUAAUUUACAACAGAAGCAAUUUGAAGAAAAGGAACAAAAACUGAUUGCUAUGUAUAACCAACAACAGCAAGCAGCUCUCUGGAAAGUGAGAAACACUUUCCAACCUCAAACUCAUUCUGCAGCACACAGGGGAGUAAGUAACCAACCGGGUGCUACCCAGCACAGGGGCUCCAAUUCUGCUGGGGCUAGAUACAACCCUUCAAACCUGUUUGAGCAGGAACCUGCUUCCACUGCACCUUCCAAGAAAACUGCUGGGGUGGACAGAGCUUACCUACUGAAAUCAGUUUACUACAGGAAAGCCGUUAGUCUCAAUGACGUAUUCAGAGCUGGAGAUACCAAGUCCCAGAAGCCCAUGGAGCCAACAAGAAGUUCACCAUUCAAGCCUUCUCCACCUGCAGAUGCUCGUGUAAGAUCCAAUCCGAGGACUGGAAGGUAUUCUGAAAGCCAUAACCUUGAGUAUAUGACACCUCCCCCAGCUACUGUUAACCAGUCGAGAGGGAGGACCACCAGGUCAAAGACAGGAGGGCAGCUGCGUUUACAGGGAGAGAAAAGCAGCCCAGAUAAGGAAGAGUGGUAUCUCCAGGAAGAGAUCAGAAAGAGAGAGGCUCUCCUCCGAGAGAAGCUCAGGAGAACAGAAGAAGAGCUGAGGAGGAUUCAAAGGGAGAGGGAGCUUGGGGAGGAAAGGAAAGAAAAAGGAAAGCAGGGCCAAAGAGGAAGAGCACAGGUAAAAUACCGUUCAGCCUAUUCAACAGGAGAUGAGUCUAGCAGCAGCAGCGACAGUGCUCUUAGAGGCCCUUAUAGAGUCUCAAAAGGGUCUGAUGACAUUGCCCAUGUCUCGUAUCUAGUUGAAAAUAACAGUCACAUGAGACCACACUCUCACUCCAAUGAGUCCCGCUCCGAAAAACUUAAAAGAGUCUCUAGCAAUUACAUAUUAAGAGAAAUCAAUGAGUCUCCCAACUGUUAUAACACAUAUGAUAAACAGAAAAACAAACACUUCUUAACUGAAGAAAACGUCUCUUAUCACAACAUGUCAGUUUCAGAAACUAGCUUUGCAAAUCAUACUGGAAAUUUUAAGGAAGAACCACCAGCAGAAAAUGCUGAUUUAGCCACAUGCAGUGGUAGGCACUCUAAGCUUUAUGAAGAACAACAAAAUGAGGAUGGCAAGCAUGAUGCAAGUUUCCAGCUGGUAGUCUGUACAUCCUGUAACCGAAAAUUUGCUGCAGACAGACUGGAAAGGCACAGUAAGAUCUGUGAAAAGGUGCAGAAUUCAACAAGGAAAGUUUUUGAUUCCACCAAGCACAGAGCCAAGGGCACUGACCUGGAGCAAUAUAUCAACAGAAGGAGCAAAAAUACUUCACCCCAGCCAAAGAAGAACAGCUGGAGACAUAAGCAUGAAACGUUUAUUCGCAACAUUCAGCAAGCCAGACUGGUGCAGGAAGUGAUCGCUAAAGGUGGGAAGGCGUCUGAUCUGCCUCCACCACUGCCUGAUGAGAACCCAGACUACGUUUCCUGCCCACACUGCGCUCGUCGUUUUGCCCCAAGGGUAGCAGAGAGACACAUUUCAAAAUGUGAGAAUAUCAAGAGCAGACCACCUCCACCGAGAAAAAAAUGAUAACAUUGAAGAGAAACCAGAGGACUAUUCACGGGGGGGGGGGCAGUUGUUUUUCAGAACAAGCCACCUGCCUAUGCUUCAGUAUGCUUUAUUUUAUGGAACUCAUUUCUAAAAUUAACUAUAUAUUUUACACAGUCGUCAUUGUAUACAAUCUAAUUUUAUAGAAGUAAUCAAGUGUUUGUUUGUUUGUUUAUUUGUUAUGACCAGAGCAUCAUGAUGACAAACCACAGAUCUCAGUGCAGCUCUUUUUACUACAAUUAUUAAACAUGUUUUCUUAUGUAAUUUUUUAAAAAAGCAUUUUAUAUGCGAUUAUACUUAUGAAAAGUUACAGAUGAGUUUUCAAAUACAUUUACACGUGCUCCAAAUGUUGUGCAACAUAGGGAUUGUUAUUUUUAGUGUACACAAUUCCCAAAUUGUUGUUCAGCAAAACAAACGGAACGCAAUCCAGACAAGAAAAGUGGAACAUUUAGCAAAAUAAGUCUGUUUCUGUCAUCUCUCACAGAAUCAUGCCUUUAGCUGUCCAACUUUUGGCCAACCCUUUGAUAAAACUAUGAUGUGGUGCUACAUUAAUUACUGUAAAACAACAAUAAAACAAAAUGCUUUUAAAA